UGUGACCCAAUCUUUACCAAAUUUGUGUUCAUAAAGUUAUGACGAACAAGCCAAAUUCGAAAGAAUCCGAAAGAACAGUUUUUCACUGGAAGACCUCCUUUUUAAAUAUUUGCACAGAACGACUCUAUUCUAUGCUAUUCUAACCCUUACACCGCCAGUAUUGACAAGCAUCCCGGAAAUAAAUAUUUCACAGGACGGCUUACAUAAAAAUACACUAUGGCACUGAUAAAAUCGGGUCAUCGCUGUAUCGUUAUUAUUCUUAUAGCUGUCACUUUUUGCAUCGCCCUUCAAGUUUGAUAGCCGCACCACUACCUAGAAAGAAAGUUGCUACCUUUGAUUUACUUUACUGAGACACCACUACACUCAGUAUUGGCAAGUGCAAAUGAUAAAUUCAAUAACAAUACCAAACAAAAACAGUGAAUCUUAAACCAAAGAAUAAUAACAUGAUUGCCGUGGACGAAAGUUGAGAAUAACAUUUUUAGUCCUAAUAGCUCGUUUCAACGAUAUACAAAAGUACAAAUAGUACCUAUACAGUUCAUCCGAAGAAGUCGACAACCGCCAUCGUAAAACUAAGCUAUGAAGCCCAGUGCCACACGUAGUCGAAUCCGCCAGCAAGCAUUGAAUCCGGUUUUCCACUGGCAAAAUAAAGAUGAAGACGACAAAGUGUUAAGUAAAGUGAAAAUCAAACAAGCCCUCAAAACAGGCAUCCUUAACCUGUCCGGGCAGGGACUGGCUACGGUGCCGGAAAAACUAUGGAAUCUGAGCGAUUCUGAGGAUUGUGAUAAGGAUGCACGGUUCGACAUUGACCGUACUAACGAUGAGGAUAGCUGGUGGAAUCAAAAAACACUAACCAAUUUGGAUUUAAGUUCAAACGCGCUCUCUAGUAUUAGUGAAAAUGUGAGCAAUCUGGCCGAUUUGACAGUGUUGAAUCUUCAAGAUAACGCCCUAACUACACUACCGGAGGGAAUUGGUUGUCUUACCAAAUUAACUAAGCUUAGCCUGAGUCGUAACACGCUUACGGACCUUCCGGAAAGCUUUUUCAAUUUGAAGGAGCUAAGAAGCCUUAACUUAUCACAUAAUGACUUUGCUGAGGUUCACAGUAAUGUCAGUGAUUUGAUCAUGCUGGAAGUGCUGGAUAUUUCAUAUAACAGUCUUAACUCGUUACCGGGAGGCAUUGGGUUUCUGGUUCGUUUACAACAGCUAACACUCAAUAACAACCGACUCACUGAUCUACCAAACGAUAUAGUGAAUUUGAGAAAUCUUCAAAAAAUGGAGUUAACUAAAAACGAUCUGAAGCAGCUACCACCUGUGAUGGGAGAAUUGCGUAAACUCGAAUGCCUAUACGUACAACAUAACGACAUUGAAGAAUUACCCGACUUCACAGGAUGUGAAGCAUUGAAAGAGCUUCACAUAUCAAAUAACUUUAUCAAAUCCAUUCCAGCGGAUUUUUGUGAAAACUUGCCCCAGCUGAAAAUACUUGAUCUACGUGAUAAUAAAAUAGAGAAACUCCCAGACGAAAUAUCGAUGCUUGCGAGUUUAACUCGAUUAGAUCUAUCGAAUAACUCAAUAUGCAGUUUACCAUCUUGUCUGUCUACCCUGGCCCAUUUGGUUAGCUUGCAGGUCGAGGGUAAUCCUAUUCGCUCCAUUCGCAGAGAUAUAAUUCAGUGUGGAACGCAGCGGAUCUUGAAAACUUUGAAAGAACGGGAUGGGCCAGGAAAACGAACCGAAACGUCGAAGGCUCCGUUUGAAGAAAGUACUUUUCCAGAUGUGUACCAGAUGAAGAAAGGGAGGUCAUUGAUAGUCAGUAAUAAAAAUUUGAUAGAUAUUCCGGACCAGGUAUUCUUUGACGCGGUGGAAGCGUCGGUGUAUAAUAUCGAUAUCAGUAAGAAUAAAUUGGCGGAGGUUCCAGUUGGAUUAUCUCAUCUAUCGAGGCUUACAACCGAACUAAAUAUUAGUCAUAAUGUACUCCGAGUGUUACCACAAUUCUUGUCCCAGUUUGAUCGAAUUAGUUAUUUGAACAUUUCGAAUAACCUUCUUACCGACCUGCCGGAAGUUGUCGGGUUACUGAUUACACUACGGGAGCUGAAUGUGGCUAAUAACCAGCUGAAGCAUAUUCCGCCAUGUGUCUACGAACUAAAAGGACUGGAAAUUCUUCUAGCGCGAGACAACAAAAUCGAAGGUAUUGAUGCUACAGAGCAUGGAUUAGGGGCACUUCCUCGAUUGGCAACGCUGGAUUUGGCAAACAACAAUAUCAAACAGGUGCCACCGAUGCUCGGGAUGUUGAAAAAUAUUACAACAUUGGAAUUACUUGGAAACAGCUUCCGACAACCACGGCACCAAAUUAUUGAGAAGGGUACCGAGUCUAUAAUGGCUUAUUUGAGAGACAGGAUACCGAAUUGAAAGAAUCUCUGUGAAAUUUUGUUACAACAGGUGUUUGCAUGAUUAAAUCAAGAAUAGUUUAGCUCUGUUACAAAUAAAUUUUUAUUGAUAAAUGCACACUACUUUUGGACACGAUUCGUAACAAAAUUUGACUUUAAGCCUGAAAUUCAACGCCGUUGAGCUAGGAAACAUGAAUGCGUGAAAGCGCGUACGUAGAGUAA